AUGCUGAUCUAUAUCCGGGUCAUUUUGACUGUGAAGGCCCCAUUCAACAUUACUGGAAUUGAAGACUUUUAUAACCAAAACUACUGUAUAGCACAUGAUGCUGAGAAGAAUAGAGUGUCUACAUUCCAGGGAAUAAUGACUAUAAGAGACCUGCUGUGUGUUCUCCUCAUGAUCUGGACCAGCGUGUACAUGGUAAAGUUCCUCUUCAACCAUCGCAAGAAUGUCCGUCACAUCCUUAGAAACAGUCUCUGCCCACAGUCCUCUCUUGAGAUCAAGGUCACCCACACCAUCCUGGUCCAUCUGUAUGGCGUGUGGACCACAAAAGGCUCCUCUCCCUCCUCCAGCCUGAAGUCCAGCCGCAACACAAAGGGGAUCUUGGAACCUCAGAGUCUUUACCAAAUGAACAAGGAAGCAAUAGACACAGUAGUUCUACAAGAAACAGCUUGGGGAGUAUUAUUUUUCUUCCAAUUCAUGAUUGGUUUUGUGGGCAAUUUAUUGUUGCUCAUGCUAUAUGUCAAGAGAUUUCUGCAAAGAAAGAAGCCAAUAGACUGGAUAUUUACCCACUUAACUUUAGCCAACAUGAUGACAGUUAUAUUCGCCGGGACUCCGGAAUUAAUAUUUUUCUUUGGAAUAAGAAUCUUUCUGAAUGACACUGGUUGUCAGGCAGUUUUGUUCCUGUACAGAGUGGGCCGGGGUCUUUCCCUCUGCACCACAUCUUUCCUCAGUGUGUUCCAAGCCAUCGUGAUCACCAACAACCAUGCUCAGUGGGCGUGGUUCAAAUCAAACAUCUACACAUGCAUUUCUUCUGCCUUCCUCUUUUUCUGGGCACUCAACAUGCUGAUCUAUAUCCGGGUCAUCUUGCUAUUAAAGGCCCCAUUCAAUGUUACAGGAAUUGAAGAAGUUUAUAACAAAAAAUACUGCAUGGGACAUGACACUAAGAAAAUGAAAACGGCUGCAUUUGUAGGAGGAAUGAUUUUAAGAGACUUCCUGUGUGUGUUCCUCAUGGUCUGGACCAGCGUGCACUUGGUAAACUUUCUCUUCAACCAUCGCAAGAAUGUCCGGCACAUCCUUAGGCACAGUCUCUGCCCACAAUCCUCUCUUGAGAUCAAGGCCACCCACACGAUCCUGGCCCAAGUCAGCUGUUUUGUUUUUUUUUACUGGACCAACUGCUGCCUGACCAUUUACCUAACAUUCAGGCAUGAGGUACAAGGGUUAAGAAACAUCACUGUUUUUGUCUCUUCCUGCUAUCCAGUAAUCUGUCCUUUCUUGCUGAUAAAAAACCACAAAGGCCCCUUUCUGAGCUGCACCUAUAUAAAGAAGAGGAAAUUUUCUCCACAAACCACUGCUGUCAGAGACUUGAGUUACUCUCACACCACAUGUGACACUAAAUGCUCGGGACAGAAAAAUCCCACUGCAGAGGUUAAGUGA